AUGAAGAUAGCCAUCAUCGAGAACGAGUUUGGUGAGAUCUCCAUAGACGACGCCCUUCUGAAGAAGGAAAAAAAGUCCAUGGCUGAGAAGGUGCUCGUCAUGGAUAAUGGCUGCGUGUGCUGCACCAUCAGGGGUGACCUCGAGAAGGGGCUGAAAGAGAUCGUAGGUGACAUUGCGAAUGGUGGUGGUGUAGAUGCCGUCCUCAUUGAGACCACUGGCAUGGCUGAUCCGGUGCCCAUCGUGAGGACGUUCAUGCAGAGUGAGUCGAUCUCGGAUGAUCUUCGCUUGGAUGCCAUUGUGACUAUGGCAGAUACGAAAAAUCUCCAGACGCGCCUGGAUGACGACGUGGAGGAGGGCAAAGUGAACGAGGCCUACCAGCAGAUUGCCUUCGCCGACAAGAUCAUUCUCAACAAGCUGGACCUGAUCACCACGGAGGAGGCCAUCCAAUGCAAGGACAGAAUCCGGGGGAUCAACAAGUACGCGAAGGUCAUCGGCGCGGUGAAGGGAAGGAUCAAGCUGUCGGAGAUCUUGAACUGCCGUGCCCAUGACAUGAGCAACUUCGUGAACAUUGACAUAGAGAAGGAGGCCGAGGCCAACGUGGUCCUUGACGACGGCCACGGCGGAGGCCAGGACGACGGCCACGGUGGAGGCAGCGGGCACGGUGAUGGUCACCUAGCUGGCCAUAUGGACGUCGACAGUGGCCACGACGGCGGCGGCCAUGGGGGCCAUAUGGAGGUCGACGGUGGCCACGGCGGCGGCGGUCACGUUGCCACGAAAGGUCACGCCCAUAGCAGUGCCAACAAGAGCAGGCACGACAACCGCGUCAACUCUUUCGCAGUGGUGAGGGAGGGUGAGUGCGUACCUUCAAAGCUGAGCGACUGGAUGCGGAUGAUAGGCGCGCUGCCGCCUGAGAGGGGCCGCAUCUUCCGCAUCAAGGCCAUUUUGGCAGUGAAGGGCCAUCCCUACAAGCACAUUUUUCACGCGGUCAUGGACGUCAGCGACGAGGACGACGCGGAUAUGUGGCAGGAAGGAGAGAAAAGGAUCUGUAAGAUAGUGUUCAUUGGAAAGAGUUUGGACCAGCAAUUCCUGCAGAACGGUUUCGAGCAGAUUUUUGAGGCAUAG